AUGGAGAUCUCGCGGAGAGCACUUGGACUGGAUGCACGCCGCGCUGAUAAGCAGCGCAACGAUUCUGGAGGUCAGGACGAUGGAUCCGUGCAAGAUGGUCCGCAGCAAACGCAUGCUCCAGCGAAGUACAAGAGUGCGCAUGCAGUGGCCCUGGAUGCUACAUUGAAAAGUUGGCCAAAAUUACGUGAUGUUCAGAUCUGCAUAAGUGUCGAUGAAGCUCCUCGUACAAUACGGAUCGGCGCAGUCUCGGAUGGCCUUGCUGGUACAGCGAGCGCAUUCCAUGCCCGCAAGAAGCGACAAGUCGGCGAGACAGCACGUAGUGAGAUGAUCGAGGUACCACUGCUACAUGUUCAUAUCGAAAGAGAACACAUGCAGGGGACAGCCGACUACGCCAAGCGCAUGUUAGAGAGACUACCAGUGCCAGUAGACGAGCUUUCGACGCAGCAUCUUCAAACACUCUUCCACAGUGCAGCCGUUGCUGGGAGUGGUAAGAACGGCUUGACAACCAGACCCACUACCGGUAGACAUGAUCUUGAGGGACUACCUAGGACAAAUGGCUCUACAAGAGCACCUGUCAGCAAGAAGACAUCUCCCGCUAAUGCUACGACUACCACUGACUCCACGUUAAGGAACAAGGACAGUCCUGCACAAAUCAAAGAUAACAUCUGCAAAGUCCGUGGCAAGGAGAACGAAGAAAUCGGAUCAAUACGGGCAGGUGUAAAGAAGGAAUUCCAUCUGUCUAGGAAGAUUGAGGGACUUUGGCAGCGAGUGAAGGCUACCCGGACUGCCCAGACCUACGAGCAGCCCAACGCAGAAGCAGCGCACCAGCAUGCGAAGAGAGAAGCAGACAGUGCCGAGCGUCUCCUCGAGAGAGCCGGACGUCGCCGCAGACGUGACAAAGAGCGUUGGUUCUGCAAAUUCGAGCUGGUGGCUGUAGAAAGGUCAGUCAUUCGCUUCGACGAGGAACUGGAUCGUCUGGACGAGCAUGUCUUGCGUUUACGGAACACGCAAAAGGUCCAGCGAAAGGAAAGGCGGAAAGAGAAGGGCAGACGCCGGGUGUUAGAACAUAGACGGCGGAGGUUAGAACAAGAGGCUCUCGAGGACGUCUCUGAUUCAGAAGAGGGUGUUGAGAGGAAGCAAGAUGGUGCGGGUUCUCGCAUAGGUUCAUGUCGACGAUUGAUCCUCAAAUUGACAACGAUGAGGGUAUCGAUGCGGCACGAACGACACCUCGGUUCGUGA